AUGCCGUAUAUGAAACUGGAGAAGAACUGUUCUGCGACAUGCGACAGUAGAGGUGUUGGUGGAGUUGGCGUCCUCGUCAACACGAGUAUGGCAAAGAACAUCGACUCUUUCGAACAACUUACGACCCGAAUAGGACGUCUGCGGAUGAGGAGAUUUGGUCCAACACCAGCAUUGACUAUCUUCGUCGCUUACGCUCCAACAUCAAGCUACGAAGAAGAAGAAGUCGAAGCUUUCUACAUGGACCUGGAGAAGUUCUGCCGAGAAGAUCAUGCCUUCUACAAGGUCGUAGUUGGCGAUUUCAACGCCAAAGUUGGCCCAAGGAACGCCGGAGGAACUUCACAUUGGGACCCACGGCCUACAAUGGAAUGA